AUAAAGAAAUAAGUAGACGUAUCAGGCCUUGUACUGGGCCCAUUAAUAAACGAGCUAGUACUGUCCUAAAUGAAAACGCAUCUGGCACUUUGUCUCCUAGGAGAAGAAGCUCAGAGCUAGCUGAUUGUAAAAGGGGAUUCUGAGUCUGAUCUUGAGGAACCUUUCUCAAAUAAAAAAAUGGAGACAGACCACCAACGAACAAGCAGCACUCUACCAAAAGAAAACUUGCCCCAGGCCGUGGAGAAGAAAGGGAAUCCGUCUCAGUCUCCGGCCACCACCAAUGUGUAUGUGCGCAGAAAAGUCGAGAUUGACACAUCCAAAGACACUGUGCCUAAGCAGCAGCCCAAGGUCAGCUCAUCAUCAGCCACAGUACCACCACCUCCGGACUGGGAAGAGCGUUACCACCACCUUCAGAUUCUCCUAAACAAGCUUAAUGAUUCUGAUCAGACCGAUCCUCAUCUACACAUGCUUUGGUCACUUUCCUCCGGGGAGCUUAGCAAGCAUGCGGUUGAUUUGGAGAAGAGGUCUAUUCAGCUCUCUCUCGAGGAAGCAAGGGAGAUGCAGCGUGUAGCGGCUUUAAACGUGAUAGGAAGGUCUGUGAAUACUCUAGAGUCUACAUCCAAUGAAGAGAGAGAAUGAUGGGGGGCAGCUCCUGUGGCCUUGUUUGUUUGUUGUUGUUUAUGAUUUUUGUAAUACCCUUCCAAGCCAUUUGGGGCUUAAACAUCCCAUUGUAUCCGUGUAUAUACUACUUAUAACAUGUGUUUACUCA